AUGAUUCCGGUUUGCAGUGUUUGUGGCGAUCGAGCCAUUGGUUAUAAUUUCGGUGCCCUUACGUGUGAGUCCUGUCGAUCAUUCUUCAGGAGAAAUGGUACACGUGUUGAGUUACUAAUCUCUGCACAACAAGGGAAAAAUGAAGAACUAUUAAGUGAUGAUAACUCUAUGGAUUUGGUUAUAACUGACAGCACAUUAGAUAUAAACACUGAUUCCUCAAAUGAUUUGAUUGAGAUUAACAAUAAUAACACAAAUACCGGCAUUUCGUCUGUUAUCAAAGGCUUUAUAUUCAACUUCAAUGAGUUAGAGAUUAACAGAUUUAAGGAGUUAUUCAAUUCAGUGGCUGUCGUUAGAGACCCGACGGUUAGGACCAUAGCGUAUGAGACGGUGAAUGUGUUGAAAGCGUUUCAAAUUUUGAACAGUAGGGCUGAAUUCAAAUUCACACAAAUGGUUAAAAUGUCGGCAAAUAUUAAUGGAUUUAAAAAGUUGUGCGAAAACGACCAAAUUGUGCUCUUGAAGGCCGCCUGUCCUCAGCUCAUGUUUUUGCUAAAUAUCACUGAUUAUGCCUUCGAUGACAUGUAUCUUACGAUUCCCAUUGAUGAAAAGAGAGCAACGAUUUUGCGGAUGAGUGUAAUGAUGACAUGGAGUGAAAUUGUGGCUGAGAUUCAUAAGAAAUUUCUCUUUACUAACAUCGAUUGUACUUUUUAA